AUGGAGGAUCUGAAGCAGAAGGUGGGGGCCAUGUCACAGACAAUAUGCCCAAAUUCACGGGCUCCAUCAGAGGAGGACUUAAAGGCCCAGAAUAAUGGGAAAGAAGAGAAAAUGCAGAUGAAGAGAGAAAUCUCCCUUUUGAAUGGGAUCUGCCUGAUUGUUGGGAACAUGAUUGGCUCUGGGAUCUUUGUCUCACCGAAGGGCGUGCUCAUGCACAGUUGCUCUUACGGGCUGUCUUUGCUGAUUUGGGCUGUUGGAGGCAUCUUCUCAGUGUUUGGGGCUUUGUGCUAUGCAGAGCUCGGCACAACCAUCCCCAAGUCCGGAGCCAGCUACGCCUACAUCCUGGAGUCGUUCGGAGGCUUCCUUGCUUUUAUCCGUCUGUGGACGUCCAUCCUGCUGGUUGAGCCGGCCAGCCAGGCUGUGAUUUCCUUGACCUUCGCCAACUACCUGGUGGAGGCUUUCUACCCCACCUGCCGGCCGCCAUACGAUGCCGUUCGGCUCAUCGCUGCAGCCUGCCUCUGUAUGCUCAUCUUCAUUAACUGUGCCUAUGUGAAGUGGGGGACUCUGGUCCAGGACAUUUUCACUUAUGCCAAACUCAUGUCGCUCUGCCUCAUCAUCGUUGUAGGACUAAUGAAAAUAACAACUGGAGAAUCAAAGAGCUUUGACAGUCCGUUUGAGGGCUCCACCACAGACCCCGGAGCCAUUGCUUUGGCCCUCUACUCGGCUUUGUUCUCCUACUCCGGCUGGGAUACACUCAACUUUGUCACCGAGGAGAUUCAGAAUCCAGAGAGAAAUCUUCCCCUGGCCAUUGCCAUUUCCAUGCCCAUCGUUACCGUCAUCUACCUGCUGACCAACGUAGCGUACUACGUGGUUUUGGACAUGCCGUCUCUGCUGGCCAGUGACGCCGUUGCUGUGACUUUUGGGAAUGCAGUCCUUGGGCCGUUCAAGUGGAUCAUCCCUGUUUCAGUGGCCAUGUCCUGCUACGGAGGACUCAACGCUUCUAUCAUUUCUGCCUCACGGUUGUUUUUCGUCGGAGCCAGAGAAGGCCACCUCCCCAACAGUCUGAGUCUGAUUCACCUGCAGCGCUACACACCCAUACCUGCACUGCUUUUCAAUGGGUUAAUGGGUCUGAUCUUCCUGUGUGUAGAGGAUGUGUUCCAGCUCAUCAACUACUUCAGCUUCAGUUACUGGUUCUAUGUGGGUCUGUCUGUGGCCGGACUCAUCUACCUGCGCAUCACUCAGCCAGACAGACACAGGCCUGUGAAGUUGACUUUGUUCUUCCCCUUCAUCUACUGUCUGUGUAGCCUGUUCUUAGUCAUCGUUCCUCUGUACGGAGACACCAUCAAUUCUCUCAUAGGAAUUGGCAUUGCCCUAUCUGGGGUGCCCGUCUACUAUGUGGCCAUUUACCUGCCUGAUGAGAAGAGGCCAAAAUUCAUACGCAAGUUAAACGACUUUGCCACCAGCUCUGCCCAGAAGCUGCUCUACUGCUGUCUGACUGAAUAUGACACUGAGACAGAAGCUCAAGAAUGCAGUAAAACGCAGUGA